UACAUGCUUUCAUGUGCGAAGAUUUUUGCAAUUAUGUCUUUAAAUUAUUCAUGACAAUUAUAGUGUGUAGAAGCAGGCAGUGAAAAGGGGGCGGGGGCUUAUCUUUGAAUACAACCAAAGGCAAUCAUUCAGAUGCGUGGGGCCCUAAAAUAACAAUCAGAUUUAGGAAUGUCCUUCACUACCAAUGAAAACAUGAGAAACAAGCACAUGCAGUAGCUGCUCUCACCCUGGGCAUCCCUUUGAUUCUCACCUCUUUUUAUAUCAUAAACACUAAAAAUACCCAAGUGACCCUCAGGAGAGAAUGGGCAUAUUCAGCUCUCUCAGCAGUAAACUCGCUGACAUCACAAUGUCCCGUGCAGGGGGGGAGGACACCAGGAGCUCUGUUUUUGGCUAACACCUCCAGAUACUGCUGUGAGGUACCCACAGGGAGGGAAAGGAAAAAAGCGGACAACUCAUUUCUCUCUAACACCCUUGGAAGCUGAGGAGCUGUGAGCCAGAAUAGAGUCGACUGUGGGACUUGCUGGGAUUGAAUAUAUGCUCAUGCCGGUGUGUGUGUAUGUGAGUGUGUGUGUUAGCUGAUAAUAGCAGCCCCAUUGGUAUUCAGCGGAGGGAGCUCCAGGAUCUCGCUGCGCCUUUCCCCAGGAUGGGAUCACAGAGCAGGGAUUGUGCUUGCCUGUGGAGAGCCCGCUGAAAUGGAUCUGAAGCCUUGCAGAGAUGGACACCAAAUGGGCAACAUGGAAGCCAACAUACACCCUCCAGCGACUAGCUUUCCACACCUAACUGCCUCCACCUUCUCCAGCCAUCAGCUUGAACCAUCCCAGCGAGGGUUGCAACUGCAGAGUUGAGGACAAGCCAGACUGUGAUACCAGAACUACAGGAAGUAGAGAAAAGCAGAGGGGGACAAGCCUCAGAGGAGUUGACGUACAACAAAGCAAUCAACCUGUUGAGCAUACGAUUGAGCUUGUCGGACUUCAUCAGAAAUGAAAUAGGUUGCAGUGAUGCUUGAGCAAUGGUAUGGAGCCUUCGGACAUAUCCGGAUUUAUCGACCGGAUAUCCUAUCGAGAUUACGACACUUUUGUGCACACCUCAGAGCAGGGCCGCUCUUCCAGAUUGGCUUGUGGGCAAAAGCGAGUAAUUGAAAAUCCCCCCUCGAGAGGCUCUCUGUUCUGAUUUGUUGUGGGGGGAGGAGGGCUUAUUUUUUAUAAAGAACAAUUUUGAAGAAAAAAACCCCCCCUCUUUAUCCCACAUUUUUUCUUUUUUCUUUUCCACCAUCUUCUCACACAUUGCGGAGAAAUACAUUAUGAAGCAGCACCAUUCUUCUUCAUCCUCCCUUGGUGACGGAGAGAGAGGAGGGACAGACUGUCCAGAAUAGAUAACGAGCAAGGAGACUGGCACUGAGGAGAGGAGAGGGAGAAAAAAAGGAGCAGAAAAUAGAGGGAAACAGGUAGAGAAGGAAGAAUACAGAGAGAAAGAGAAGGAGGUAGAGAAGGCAAGAAAAGAAAAAUAGAGAAUUAACUAAGAUUGUUCAAAAUCCUCUUCAAGACCUCAAGUCUCUCUUUCUAAUUUGUCUGUGCUGUGUUGGAGGCUAGUUAACGCAAUGGGCAGGGGAGGGGUCAAGAUUUACACCAGGGGGGGCACUUGAGCAGGAGAGUAGGGUUAUGUCCCCCCUGCACCUGCCUGGUCUGUAUCAUAGUGUUUGGCAGGAAGACAGAUUGAGAGAUGGCUUGGUAAACAGACAGCUAUACUGAAUGACAGACAAGCUCUGAGGCUGGUAAGACAGACCGAUAGGAAGACAGAAAGAGAGGAAGACUGGAAGACAGGUACACAGCCUAUUCCAAGUGUCAGGCAGAGAGCCAGGCAGACAGUCAGCGCCGGCACAGUAGACAGCAUGCAAUUCAUUGUCAUUCUAUGCAGUGUGUGAGGAAAAGACAGAGAGAAGGAAAGAAAGCAUAGACAGAAAGAAAGGAGAGGAGUAUCCCUGUGUUUGUAGCUUCUAGAGAAUCUCACUUUGUCUGCAUCCACCUCAGUCAGUACUGUGGCAAAGCUCAUGCACUAAAAAAACAGGUGGGGAGGGAGGGGGCUUUUACUAGAAAGAAAAUACAGGUUGGAGCGAGAGAGAGAGAGAGAGAGAAAGAGAAGGAGGGAGGCAGGCAGAGAAACAGAGGGAGAGAGCAGGUGUCUGAAAUCCUCCCCUUCAUCUGCUUGUCAUUUACUCCUUUAUGUUCUCUCGUCAUCUGGUGAGGUGAUUGGUUUUCUGAUGCCGGUGUUCCUCUGCUCAUAGGCCCUCCGCAAUCCCGAGGAAAACAAGAGGUGGGCAGACAGAGGAAAGCAGAAAAAGACAGCAUAAAAGAAAAGGUGGAGCCCCAUUUUGAUUGACUAAUCUUCACCCCUACCUUUUCUUAUUUGUCAAGACGGGCUAUUGUUAUUUUUUUGCCUUUUUUUCUUAAAGUAAGAGAUAGAGGGAAGAAAAACAGCUUCCCGAUCAAUCCCUCAUUCUCUUUGUACACAGAAUUGAACCUCUUCUCUCAUCAAUUGUAGAUUUUUUCCUUACCUUGUUCUAAAGGGAUUAUUUUCUCCAUCAGAAUAUAAACACUGGGAUCCUCUAGAUUCUAUCCAUAUGUCCUCCCCCCGAUGAAACAGUGUGAACCCCUCUGACUCCCCCUAAGGCCUCCCCCCUUGGCUGAAGUGCUAAAACCCUGUGGUCCCAGAUCUCAAUGCCUGUGUUGACUCACUACAACAGCGAUAAUAUGGCACAGCGCUUCUGAUACUGUCUGAUUCAUUCUGUGGUGGUACAGGCAGCCAGCAGACCAUUCUCCAUGAGGAGCAGUAGAAGAUGCCGGCUCUGCCAGCACUGCUGCUGUCAAUACACUUCCUCUCCUUCCUGCUAGUCACCAUGCCACCACGCUCCCUCAGUCAGGCCCCCUUGCUCUCCUCCGUCCGCAUGGCGGCGAUCCUGGAUGACCAGUCUGUGUGUGGGCGUGGGGAGCGGCUGGCAUUGGCCCUGGCCAGGGAGAACAUCAACAGCGUUAUGGAGGGUCCGGCCCGAGCACGAGUGGAGGUGGACAUAUACGAGCUGCAAAAAGACUCCCAGUAUGACACUACUGACACCAUGUGUCAGAUUCUACCCAAAGGCGUCGUCUCUGUGAUAGGUCCAGCCUCCAGCCCCGCCUCUGGCUCUACUGUCAGUCAUAUAUGUGGAGAGAAGGAGAUCCCUCAUGUAAAGAUUGGUCCGGAGGAAACUCCCCGCUUGCCGUACCUGCGCUUUGCCUCUGUCACUCUGUACCCUAGCAACGAGGACCUGAGCCUGGCCAUAGGAGCCAUCUUGCGCUCGUUCAAUUACCCCUCAGCCAGCCUGGUCUGCGCCAAGGCUGAGUGCCUGCUGAGAUUGGAGGAGCUGGUCCGCCGCUUUCUCAUCUCUCGGGAGACGCUGUCAAUCAGGAUGCUGGAUGACAACCUGGACCCUACGCCACUGCUGAAGGAGAUCCGUGAUGACAAAGUGGCGACCAUCAUCAUUGACGCCAAUGCUUCUGUCUCCUAUCUUAUCCUCAAGAAGGCAUCAGAGCUGGGGAUGACAUCAGCAUUUUACAAGUACAUCCUCACCACCAUGGACUUCCCCCUAUUGAGACUGGAUGACAUAGUGGAUGAGCAGUCCAACAUUGUGGGUUUCUCCAUGUUUAACACCACUCAUCCGUUCUAUUUGGAGUUCAUCAGGAGCCUCAACCUCUCUUGGUGGGAGGGCUGUGACCUAACGUACCCCGGCCCUGCGCUCUCGUCAGCGCUGAUGUUUGAUGCGGUUCAUGUGGUGGUGGGGGCGGUGAGGGAAUUGAACCGCAGUCAGGAGAUCGGAGUGAAGCCACUCAGCUGCACCUCACCUCAAAUCUGGCAACAUGGGACCAGUCUUAUGAACUACCUGCGCAUGGUGGAGUACGAUGGUCUGACAGGGCGUGUUGAGUUCAACAGCAAAGGUCAGAGGACCAACUACACCCUGCGGAUCCUGGAGAAACACCGAGGAGGCCACAAAGAGAUCGGGAUCUGGUACUCCAACAACACCCUGGCAAUGAACUCCACCAGUCUGGAUAUUAAUGUCUCAGAAACGCUGGCAAACAAGACCCUUAUUGUCACCACCAUUCUGGAGAACCCAUAUGUGAUGCGUAAAGACAACUACCAGGACUUCCAGGGCAACGACCAGUAUGAGGGCUUCUGUGUCGACAUGCUGAGGGAGCUGGCAGACAUCUUGAAAUUCUCCUUCAAGAUCAAGCUGGUGGAUGACGGGUUGUAUGGGGCUCCAGAGCCCAACGGCUCUUGGACUGGCAUGGUUGGAGAGCUAAUCAACAGGAAAGCAGACCUGGCCGUGGCAGGCUUCACCAUCACAUCAGAGAGAGAGAAAGUUAUCGACUUCUCUAAGCCGUUCAUGACACUGGGGAUCAGCAUCUUGUACAGAGUUCAACUGGGGCGGAAGCCGGGUUACUUCUCCUUCCUCGAUCCCUUCUCUCCAGCUGUCUGGCUCUUCAUGCUGCUCGCCUACCUGGCUGUCAGCUGUGUGCUCUUUCUGGCUGCAAGGUUGAGCCCCUAUGAGUGGUACAACCCUCACCCAUGUCUUCGAGAGCGCAGGGACAUGCUGGAGAACCAGUACACCCUGGGAAACAGUCUGUGGUUCCCUGUCGGAGGCUUCAUGCAGCAGGGAUCAGAGAUAAUGCCCAGAGCCCUGUCCACCAGAUGUGUUAGCGGGGUUUGGUGGGCGUUCACCCUGAUCAUCAUCUCCUCGUACACAGCCAACCUGGCGGCCUUCCUGACCGUCCAGAGGAUGGAGGUUCCCAUCGAGUCCCCAGACGACUUGGCUGACCAGACCAACAUUGAGUACGGAACCAUUCAUGGAGGGAGCACCAUGACCUUCUUCAUGAACUCACGUUACCAGACCUACCAGCGGAUGUGGAACUACAUGAACUCCAAGCAGCCCAGUGUAUUUGUGAAAAGCACAGAGGAGGGGAUAGCUCGUGUGGUCAACUCCAAGUAUGCCUUCCUGAUGGAGAGCACCAUGAAUGAGUACCACCGCGGCCUCAACUGUAAUCUCACCCAGAUAGGAGGCCUGCUGGACACCAAGGGCUACGGCAUUGGCAUGCCACUGGGGUCUCCGUUCAGAGAUGAGAUCACGCUGGCCAUCCUCCAGCUGCAGGAGAAUAACAGGCUGGAGAUACUGAAGAGAAGGUGGUGGGAGGGAAGCCAAUGUCCCAAAGAGGAGGACCACCGUGCCAAGGGUCUGGGCAUGGAGAACAUUGGGGGCAUCUUUGUGGUGCUGAUCUGUGGCCUCAUCAUUGCCGUGUUUGUGGCCAUUAUGGAGUUUGUGUGGUCAACGCGCCGCUCAGCAGAGACCGAUGAGGUGUCUGUCUGUCAGGAGAUGAUCACAGAGUUCCGAAACGCCGUCUCCUGUAAAAAGAGCUCCCGCUUGCGCCGUCGUCGGCCUCUCAGCAGCUCAGCAGCCCUGCGUCACCCCACCCGCAUAGCUCUUGGGGCCCCUCGGCCCCUGCGCCUGGUCCGAGAGAUGCGCCUCAGCAACGGCAAACUCUACAGUGGAGCUGGCCCCCUGACAGGUGGAGCUGGAGGAGGAGGAGGUGGAGCAGGAGGGACAGGACCUUCCGAUCUGGGUCCUGGGCCCCAGCGGAUCCUAGAUGAUCCACUGGGUGCCAACACCACCCCUCCUCCCCCAGCCCCCACCCCUGUAAUGCUGCCUGCCCGCAGUUGCACCCAUGUGAGGAUCUGCCAGGAGUGCCGGAGGAUCCAGAGCCUGAGAUCAGGCAGCAGUAUAGGAUCAACCUCAACAAGAAUACCACCUUCAUCAGCACCUCUACCCAGGCUACCACCACCCCCUCCUCCAUCUUCAUCCAACACAGACAGUGAGGGUGGAGGGGGGCCCAGCCCAAGGCGGCUACACCACAGUCCUCCACCUCAUACCCCCCGACUCAUUCCACCUCCACAGAGCAGCAACACCACAGACCUACUGGGUGAACAGGACUGAGACCAGAGGUACUGGGUGGGGUGAGAGGGCUGCAGGGAGCCAGUGAUGUGACUGCUGCUUAAAGAAACAAGUGGGAUUCAUUGGAGAAAAAAGAGGGGGAGA